AUGAGCUCUAAUUGUUUCAGAUUGGUAUUAUCUAUUUAUUGAAAUCCAGCUGGAGUUCAUUCUGUAGUUCGUUAACAGAAAAUCAUCGAAAAACAAUCGAGCGCAAUAAAGGUUUAUGCCGGUUCCGAAAACCAAAAUUGGGAAAUCAAAUAUCGAGCUUGUUCGAGAGCGUCACAAAAAGCGUCGCAUCAAAAAAGUAUUGCUGACAACAGAGCCACAUCAAGGCAGUAAUCAGUCUAUGUCGAUUUAUAAAAAGCAACCUGGACUAGACAUUCUCGAGCAUUUGGGUGAAUUGCACAUACAAAACUCGACUUCCAGCGCCGAAUCUUCCAAACACAGUCAAUGUUUAUUUGAAACACACUGCAAGUCCAAAAGGUCUUCAGCUUGUCGGAUAUUUGAAUCAGAGCAGAAACGAAAUAAGUUGCAAUCAUGUCUGGAAUGGUCAACGUCAACUCGGAGGUUACCGACUCCUUCUAUCGGUACAAGAUGCCCCGAAUCCUAGCCAAGGUGGAGGGAAAAGGAAAUGGAAUCAAAACUGUUAUUGUCAAUAUGGUGGACAUUGCGAAGGCGCUCAGCCGACCACCAGCUUAUCCUUGCAAAUAUUUUGGAUGUGAACUUGGCGCUCAAACUCAAAUCGACGCCAAAAAGGAACGAUACAUUGUUAAUGGGUCUCAUGACGGUUCCAGACUGCAAGAAUUACUAGAUGGGUUUAUUAAGAAGUUCGUGCUCUGUCCAGAGUGCGACAAUCCGGAGACUACUCUGCUACCUAAUCAGAAGAAGAAAAUUAUUCCUCAGAAAUGCAUGGCCUGUGGCUACACAAAUGCUACCGUUGACAUGACUCACAAAGUCUGCACUUACAUACUGAACCAUCCUCCCGAGAUGAGCGAAUCGGCGGCGAAGAACUAUGCGAGCAAGAAGAAACGUGGCGGUGAUGAGAACGGAGAUGACGAAGGCUUGGACAUGGGAGAUGAUGACGAACUGGAAGAAGUGAUUCCGACUGGGAAUGGAACUGCGAAUGGGGCAGACGACAGAGAGUUCGACGACUGGUCGGAAGAUACGAGUGCGGAUGCAGUGGCCAAGCGACAGCAGGAUCUAAGCAUGGGGGUGAAAGGACUGACUAUCACUGUGGAACUGGAGAAGACUCCUCUGGAACGACAAGAACUGUUCUACAAUUUCAUGGAGGAGAAGAAGCGUGAAGGCAAACUGGACGACCUGGCAGUUGCAAAAGAAGUGUAUGAGAAGGCCAUGGAACUAGACAUCAACGAUACUGCGCCUCUGAUCAUGGUCGGCGUCAUCUUCACUGAGAAUGUGCUGAAAGAGAUGCCCCUUUACAAGAACCUGUUUCUGCGCUUCCUUCAUGUGAAAGACAUCAAGGAUGGAGCGAGACCGAACGAGAGAGCCCAGAAGCAGUUGUUAGGUGGUCUGGAAAAAUUGAUAGAGGCACACAAGGAUCAGCUAAUCAGCAAGGUGCAGAACAUGCUGUAUGUGGCCUAUGACAACGGACUCAUCUCUGAAGAGGUCGUGAUCGAAUGGAGCAAGAAGGCUACUAAGAAGUUUGUGUCGCGUGAGUUGUCCAAGGAGAUCCGAGCCAAAGCAGCUCCCUUUGUGGAAUGGCUGCAGAAUGCGGAGGAGGAUUCGGACGAAGAGGACGAGGAUGGUGAAGGAAACGAGGAUGACGGAGACAUCGAGUUCUCGACUUCGACCACCACCCGAGCAGCGGCAGCUCCGACCUCCAACGGGGCUUCGGCAGGAGCAGCACAGAACGAGGAAGAUGACGACUUAGACAUAGAUGACAUCUAAGCCGACAUGCCACUAGGCCGAAUGAAAUGAAACUAAGACUUAAGCAGAGAUCAGAAAUUAUUCACUUUAGUUUCAAAACAGAAAACAUAUUUACUUGUGAUAGAACUAACAAGAUUGCAUGGCUCGUAUACCUUAACAUUGAUCUUAGUUAACCUUGCUUGCACCGUUCGUUUGCGACCAGCCAUCAUGUAUAUUCCUCCGUUCCUGGACUUCUCGACUCAUUAAAACAUUAAGAUUAACCUUCUCAACAGUUUUAAAAGUCCAGGAACAAAUAAAGAACAUCACGCCAUGAAUAUAAAUUAAAAGUUGACAAACUAUUGAUGAUUUUCAGUUGUUGAGACCACUGGUUACAUAAACACGAUUCUCUUAUGAUUCUGUUGAAGCUUAUUUUGGUUUUAUAUUUAAAAUUGUUUUGAUGCCUUAUUUGAUUAUCAGUCUUCUGAAUACCUAAAUAUUGACGUUCAGCUUGGUUCCAGUUAAAUAUCAUGUGUUCUCGUUUUAUAAUUACGUCAUGCUACGAUUAUCAUAAUUUAAAAUCGACUAUAGUUGAAAUUUAUAUAGAAAUGAUAUUGGUAUUUUCAAAAACGAGGUCACAUUUUAAACAUAAGUUUUAUUUGCUGUUAAACCACGAGAGUUUGCAGCGAAGUUCACCAUUUCAUGUCUUAUAUUGAUAAAUGCGGGAGUUUGUAAAUCUUGCUUUGAGUUGAAUAAUCAUGGUUCGAAUUCAAAAUUUCCUUCAAUGUGGUUCGAAUUGAAUUAAAAUGGUGUAUACUGUAUCAGACGAACGAAAUUGAUGGUUCGUUGUUUUACAUGUAACAAAAUGUGCAUAUUUAAUCUCUACUUUCAGAAUUGAGCCUUAUUUGGUCG